AUGACACGAAAGAGUAAGCAAUCAUCGCUUAUUCCCGUUGAUCCAGAGCUAAAUAGGACUUUGAGAAACGUGAGGAGACUCUUGCAAGGCACACCCGAGUUUUCCAUUGUAUAUUCGGAUUCCGAUCCGGAAGAGGUUUUUGGAACUAACGAAGAAGAUAACAUGGGAGAGAAUCCUCCUCAACCAUUGUUAAGAUACUAUGACCACCCCAACGCAUUCCAACUUCGGAGUGGCAUACGUCUUCCCACCACAAAUGCAAACAACUUUGAACUUUCACCUCAACUCAUCCGUAUGAUUCAAAGCGAUCAAUUCGGAGGUAGUCCUCAUGAGUGUCCUUUUGCUCAUUUGGACAACUUUCUUGAGUUGUGUACAACCAUCAAGCAAAACAACAUUUCGGAAGAGUUCAUCCGUAUGCACAUGUUUCAAUUCUCCCUCCGUGAUAAAGCAAAACAUUGGUUGAGAACGGUUGAAGAGGGAUCAUUGAGUACAUGGGACGAAGUCACUAGAGCCUUUCUUGGAAAGUAUUGUCCUCCGGAAAAGACCGCCGAAUUAAGAAGAAAGAUCACCAAUUUCAAUCAAGACAUUGAUGAAACAUUGAGUGAAGCUUGGGAGCGUUUCAAAGAUUACACAAGGAAAUGCCCCCACCAUGGUUUUACAUCAUGGAUCAUUGUACAAAGCUUCUAUGACGGUCUUACUCCUAUUUCAAGGGCCAACCUUGAUUCCAGGGCCGGUGGUAGCCUCAAAAAGCUAUCGGUGGACGACGCAUACAAGAUGAUUGAAGAAGUGGCCAAGCAUUAUGCAUAUGGAGGUGAUAGAAGGAAACCUCAAACAAAGAAGGGCGGAAUUCAUGAUCUUAGUGCAAUAGAUCUUAUUGCAUCAAAGUUUGAUAUGCUAGCUCACAAGCUAGAUCAAGCCACCCUCACACCCUCAAGCUCUUCCUCGCAAGUCAUGUCUUGUGAGACUUGUGGAGGAAAUGAUCACUUGUCCUCUUAUUGCAACUCAACGAAUCAAGAGCAAGCGGCGGCAAUUGGGCAAAGGAAUGAACAAUACUCCCAAUCCCACAAUCAAAGUUGGAAGCCCCAACAUAACACGGGAUGGAAGCAAUACAACCAAGGCCCCCCCACAAAAUAA